AAAAGAACUGUACAGGCGCUCAUCAUGAAGCACCUAACAUCAAAACCAGUGGCGACGACCAUCCUAAUUUUCACCUGCGUAACGCAGGCCGCGGGAGUACGAGAGCUACACAAGCAGUCCCAGCCUGUGCAUGCGUUCCUACGUGGCGCAAAUGCCCUUGACAACAACACCACACUCCUCAGACCUGCCGUAAUUACUGAACAGUCUUCCACUGUGCUUGCAAGUAAUACAGAAAACGAUAUGGACUCUUUUGCAACUCCUGAAUUGCCUAAUACCAAUUCCGAUCGCGGUAAUGUCGGGGAGAGGCAUAUUGUCAGGCCGAACGAUCCAUACCAGGGCAGUGGAUCAUCCAAUUGGCCUCCUUCCUUCCAAGAUCGUGAUUCCACUGAGGAUACUUCUUACGAGAAACGUGGAAGGCAGGGAGGGAGAGCGCUGCAGGAGGAGGAAGGGGUGAACGACCUGGAGUUGGAGAAUGGUGAUUUCGAUGAAGACUCGACGUCGAUGGAGAGGAAUGGAAAGGACUGGGCAGGGAGGGAAGCAUUUGACAGCGGUUUCGAAGAUUUGUGGCGAAAGCUGGACAAAUGGGCACCCGGUAGCAGGGAGGAGGCAUCUCACAGCACGCUUGCUAUGAGCCAAGCGCUUUCCGAAGGUGCGAGAGUCAGCUACGCCCCGCUUUCCUAUCCUUCAGGCGCCGACCUUGCCCCCAACCCAGAGACGGAACGAGCAGCAGCUGGCAGCUUCCAGAAGAGUGUCAUGGAGGAGGAAGGUUCCGCAUUAAUCGAGCGGGCCUUCGUGGAUCAGCGCGUGCCUGCCUCGCAGCUUGUGGGAGACUACAAGCCCGAGCACCCGGUGCCGGCGCCGGGCUCGAGUGCCAUGCCCGCAGACGCGCAGCAAAGCUUAGGCCUCCCUGAUACGGGGGAGUGGAAAAUGUCGAUGCUAAAAGAGGAGGAGGAGGAACGAGCGACCGCUCACGACACGACAACGGGUAGCGGGGUUUCCUCCUCCUCUGUGGGCGCAGGAAGUGGCAUCACAGAUUACGACGAUCAACCCACAAUCAUCCACACAAAUGAAGAUGCCAGCAGCCGCCGCCGUCGAUGGGUGCUGCGCAUGGCGAUGGGCAUGAUGAUGACGGCAUGUCUGGUGCUGAUUGGAGCCGUGGUCUUGGGCAAGAGCGAUUCCCCUGGGGGGUCUGGGUUAUUGCGUCGGGGGCCUGGUCCCGCGCUGGAAGCAGCCAGCAUGGAGGGUCUGAAGGGCGCUACGUCCCCCUGCGGUGGCUCGUGCGGAUGCAAAUCUGCCGAAGGCUGCGGCUGUGGAUCAUCCUGCUCAGGGUGCACGUCUAUGUCGACACAUUCCUCGGAGAAGCUGUCGCUCCCUCCCUCCUCCAUGGCCCACGGGGGCUGUGGCUGCUGCCAUGGCGGGUGCGCCUGCGGGAAGGGCGAAGGCAAGGAGGAGACAUCGCUCUCGCUUGUGGACAGUGCGGAUGAAGAGGAUGAGAGCCUUUCACCGCCACUCUCAGCCCGCGAAGCGGCCUCCUCGCCUCUGCCUCCCUCGGCGCUCGAACUCUCCAAGAAGAAGCAUCACCACAAGCACAAGCACCACCAUGGUGAGCAUCACCCGCCCCUCACCGACACCACCCCCGGCAGCGGGGAGGAUGCCUCUAAAUCGCCCACGACUGAGAAGAAAGGCAAGGUCGCUGCGCCCGACAACAGUUCUUCCCCUUUCGACUGGCAGAAAUACGUGCCCAAGGGCGUGGGUGCAGGCGGGGCAGGCGUGGGGGGCGGGGGCGCCACGGCGGGCCCCUCCUCCUCUGGGCCCUCGGACUGGACCAAGUACGUCCCGCCCAUCACCGUGAACGUGAGCAACGACAACACCAACUCCUCCACGGCCACCACGGUGCAAACCGGGGCCGACCAGGCGCCUGUGGAUUGGACCAAGUACGUCCCCCCCGGGAUCAACAUCACGGUGCACCACACCAACGCCACGAGCAAUGCCACGCAUACCACGCACGUCUCUGCGCUCCAUCAUUCCCAUCCGGACUCCCACAAGAAGAAGGACUCGACCCUCCUCGGCUCCUCUC